UCCGUCGCAAUUAAAAAUUUCUCCUGCCUUUCGUCCGAGUCCCACUCCCACUUCACCAUCUCUCUGUCGUCGUCUUCUUCUUCUUCUUCUUCUUCUUCUUCCACCCUCCACUGAACCAGAGCAUCACCAUGGCCACUGCUCCCGCUGAAAAUCCCGAUAUAACCAUGACCCAAAUCGAAGAAGAAGAACCCCCUCAACAAGAAAGCCCUUAUUCCGAACCACCACAUUCCCAAUCCACAACCCUAUCCCUAGACCUCCCUCAAGACCAAGAUAUCCAACAAAACCCACCUCUCCAAUCGCAGCCAAGCCCUAAAGGCAAAUCCGAUGAAUUUCCCGCCCGAUCUCCUCAUGGCACCACCACCAUUACCUUCUACCGCCGCGGGAAGAAGCGAAAGAAGUUGGGUUCGAAGCGGAAAGCCGCCGCUUCGGGGAACAGCAAGGCCCAGCAGAAGCUUCAGACCCAGAGAGAGGUCCUAAAUCCAAUUCCCUUCGUGCCCGCCAAAAAUCUCGACUUUGAGAAGCACGAGAAGCUGUUGAAGCGGCUCAACCUGUGGGACUUUGUCCACGUCGAGUUUGAUCGGAAUCUUCGGGUUGAUCUUCUCGCUGAGUUAAUUUCCAGUUUCAACCCUACCCAGCGGGGCAGCUACGUCAAUGGGUCAAAGGUUAAGGUCAACCGGGCCGACUUGGCCCGGGCCUUGAAGCUUCCUUCAAAACCGGUGAAGAAGGGUGGUGCUGUGGCAGCAGCGGAUGGUGCUGAGGAGCCUCCUGCAGAGGCUGCUUCGGAGGAGUCCAUAGCUUUUAUCGAAGAAUUGGUAUCGAAUUGGGUGCUUUUGCACGAGGAUACAUGGAUGAUGCCGAGCGAGGUGCUGAAUUGGACUAAGGCAAUCAAAGAGGGGCAGUUUGUGAAGGUGGAUUGGGCCGGUUUGAUUUGGUUCAUGGUGGAGAAGGAGUUGGCUCAGGCCCCUAAAUUGGUGGAUUGUUACUAUGCGUCGCAUUUGCAGUGUUUGAUAAAAUCACAGCACGCGAGGUUCCUUAUGGUGAAGGAACAAGAGACUCCUCAGUUUGAUAUUAAUGCUGUUGAUGUUGAUGCGGUUGAUGUCGAUGCAAAAAUGGAAGAAGAGGAGGAGGAAGAGGAUGGUAGCGGGGGUGUAAAAAUGGGUGGGGAGGAUGAUUUACAUGGACGCGGCGGAUUGGAAGAGCACAACAUUGAAUUAUGCCUUGGCCAAGACAAUGUGGAUACAGAUGACUUUAGGCAAGAGCAAGACAAUGUGGAUAGUAUGGAUGUUAGGCAAGAGCAAGGCAUUGUGGAUAGAGCUGAUAUUAGGCAGGACAAUGUGGAUAGAACUGAUGUUGGGCAAGAAAACCUCGAGAAAUCUGGUGUCGAGAAGGAGCAAGUUGGGGUUGAGGUUGUAAUGGAUUUUGAAGAAUGUAAGGUGGAAGAGCCUGGCCAAUGGUUUUUGGGUGGGCAGGGCAGUGCAAGUGAACCUGUUUUGCAGCGGUGUAAUCUUGGUGGAGUUAAUUUGGGUUGUGGGGAGAAGGGGAAAAAAGAUAUGGAGUUUUUUGAAGGAAUAGAUGAAGAAGGAAACGAAGAGGAAGUAGAAGAAGAAGAGGAGGAGGAGGAGGAGGAGGAGGAGCAGGAGGAGGGAGGUUUUCACCUUUCACUUAAGGAUAGGCCUUUAGAGGGUUUGGCGUCGGGUAGUCUUAUUCAUCCAAUGGAAGUAGCACAUAACCCUCUUAGUUUAGAUAUGUCAAUGGGUGAUCAGUUUGCUGGGGAGUUUCUUUCUUCAAGGGACGAUAGUCGAAUGCAUCCUGGUAGUUCCUCAUUUUUUGGAAGUGGUGGUCUUGAGAGAGAGCUUGUCCAUGAAAAUGAUAACUCUUCUCAUCAUCCUCUCAAUGGUAAUAAGCGGUUGAGGAUGGGUGGCCCUUGGGAUGGUAAGGUGUCAGGUGGUGACUUUGAUUCGUGCGUGGAGCAAGUGCAGCACUGGAUGGAAAAGGCUAAGAUGGUGUAUGCGCAGAAAGAACAAGUUUGCGAGCAAUCGAUGGUUGGCCAGCAGAUGUUACUGGAUGAGUUACAGCAAAGGGAGGAGGUGAUUGGUCACUUGCAGAAGGCCAAGGCUGAAGAGCAGCAUAAGAGAAAAAUGGAGAUGUAUCGGCUUGAGCGUGAACUCCAUGUAAUGGGGAAUCUCUUGGAUGGCUACAGGAAGGCUUUAAAGGAAACACAAAAAGCAUUUGCUGAAUAUAGAGCACGUUGUCCACAAUCUGAUGAGCCACUCUACAGGGAUGUUCCUGGGUCUGGUGGUCUUGUUUUGAGCACCAUGGAACUGGCAAAGCAACGCCUAAAGAAAGAAGAAGAGGAAAGGAUGACUCGUCUGGUACUUGAAAAACAGAUUAAGGACUUUGAAGCUGGGUGGAUUAGCAAAUUUGAACCACACCCGAAGAGUGUUGAAUUACUGAGUAACAGGUUGCAAGAUGUAGAGUUGGAAGUGAAACUUCUUAUUGAACAGAUUGCAAAACGGAGGAUUGCAGAAAUACCAGAAUCUGCUCCAAAUGAAAAUGAAUGAUGCUUGGUUACAGUUCUGCAAACGUAUGCUAGAAAGCCUGGUGCAUCGUUUGACGGGAUUUCGAGGCAAUAUACAAGGAAGAUCAGUGUUUUUCGCAGUGUUUGUUGCUGACAUUAGCCUCUUCCUUGACUGGUAGUCAGUCGGCUUUAUAUUGUAGGUCAUGUACCAGCUCGUACUGGAUCGGUAGUAAGUAUAUUUGAAGCUUUUGCACAUCAGGAUAUGAUUCUCAAUGCCAAUGAAUGAUAAACAAGCUGCUUAAGUUAUCUUCGUUUCCGCAUCAUUUGUGUAAGAUUAGAAGCAUUUGUAUUGGUCUUUUUAUAUCUAUCCAGGACCCCAUUUUGGCAGGGCCCUGGUCCUUGUAAAGGCCUUCCACCUGAGUUAUGAGCCAUUGAAAUCGAUCUAUCUUGCCUGCCGGAAACCAUAAUAUACACGAUGAUCAUACUUGUGUCU